AUGGACCAGGAGGUUCGCUUGUAUGGAAAUUCGAAAGAGCGAGAAAUGUAUGAAAACAUGGCGGAUUUGUAUUCAAUCAUUGUCACCGUAGAACAUUUGGAACGUGCUUACGUGAGAGGAUCCAUUGAAGCUGAACGAUACACUGAAGCGUGUCUGAAGCUAAUAGCUCAAUUCAAGACCGCUUUAAAUUUGAUAUCGGAUGUCCUGCCUAAUGUGAAGGCAUUCAUGGUAGAGUACAAGUUGUCUUGUCCAGCAGCAGUCAACCGAUUGCUAGAGAUUGGUGUCCCUGCUACUGUCGAACAUGGCAGUGGUAGUAACAGCCAAGGGAUGCAAUCAGCUAAAUAUGUGGCUGAAACAACCCAAUACUUUAUCACACUAAUGGACUCGCUCAAUCUGAGUAUGAUUGCAGUGGAUCAGAUACACCCCCAACUCUCAGAUCUGAUACAAAGUCUGAAUCGAAUUCCAAGUCUGCCAGCCGACUUUGAAGGAAAGGGCAAGAUCAAGAAUUGGCUUAUAUUACUGAAUAAGAAGAAAGCAUCAGACGAAAUCAGUGAUGAAGAUAGGCGGCAACUCUUGUUUGAUCUUGAAAGAGGAUUGGCCGAGUUUAAGGAGUUCUUAGGCAAAUAA